AUGUCGCCACGAUCACGUGCCAUCACAGUUACCCUCCUGACACUUCCUACUCCGACUGUCAUGCCCAAAUCCACCAAAAAGAGGUUUUAUGCGGUGGCAAAUGGAUUGCCUCCGUGCCCUGCCAUUUAUGAGUCAUGGGCACAAUGUGAAGAAAAGGUUAUUCGGUUCCCGGGAGCGAAAUACCAGGGAUUUCAAACAAGGGCAGAGGCUGAGGCGUAUAUUGGAGCAAACUACAUCCACAAAGCUCCGAACCCCACAGCAAAGAAGCCUUAUGAUCGUCCAGCGAGUGGCAUUAGUCAAGAGCCUGCAAAGAAGGUGACCGGAAAAUGGUUUGGGAAUUACAAAACAUACGAAAAAUGUAUAAGGCGCUGGAGAGGGGUCAAAACUCUCAUUAUUGACGAAGUCUCAAUGAUCGACGGGAGACUAUUCGACAAACUUGAAGAAAUAGCGCGGAUCAUACGAGGCAAUGAACAACCAUUCGGUGGCAUCCAACUCGUACUCUCAGGCGACUUUUUCCAAUUGCCUCCAGUUCCCGACAGAAAUCCUGUCACAAAUCAACAAAUGCCUACAAUAUUCGCCUUUGACGCCCAGAGCUUUGAUCUCUGCAUGGGCCCUCCGGUCAACCUCACCCGAGUUUUCCGCCAAAAAGACGAACGUUUUGUUGAGCUGUUGAACAACAUGCGCUACGGCAGAAUCGAGCCCGAAGACGAAGAAAUCUUCCGCUCCCUCGAGCGUGAAGUCCGAUAUGACGAUGGGAUCCAACCAACCGAAUUAUUAUCGCGUCGAGACGAGGUGGAUCGGGCAAACAAUCGGAGACUCAACGCAUUGCCUGGAGCAACGAGAACUUACACAGCGGUUCAGUCCUCAGGAAUCAACUCUCAAGGAUUCCCGAUCACCCCCGAGCAAAUGGAAAAGUUGCUUGAAAAACUUGUUGCACCAAAACAAAUCUCGUUGAAGGUUGGAGCUCAAGUCAUGUUAAUCAAGAACCUCGUGCAAGGCCAACUCGUGAAUGGGUCAGUCGGUCAAGUCAUAAGUUUCAGGACAGCGGAGGAUGCCGGCAACGAACACAUCAAUAUCGCCAGGGCUGAAAAUGACAAAAACGACAGGAGGCCCGUUCUUCCCCGUUCACUUGAAAAGCAUCUGUUCCCCGUUGUUCGCUUCAUCAAUGGCUCUGAGCUCUUGAUGAUACCAGAGGACUUCACGGUUGAAAACGCAAACGGACAAAUGGAAGCACAGCGAAUUCAAAUUCCGCUGAUCUUGGCCUGGUCACUUAGCGUCCACAAAUCUCAAGGGCAAACAAUUGAGAGGGUCAAGGUGGAUCUGAAAAGCACGUUUGAGAAAGGACAAGCAUAUGUGGCUAUCUCGAGAGCAACCAGCCUGGAGGGUCUGCAAGUGCUCAAUUUCCAUAGCUCCAAGGUGAUGGUUCACAGCCAUGUUGUUAAAUGGUAUAGUGCUUGUCAAGACAUGGCCAUGCGACAGCAAGCCGACGAUGACGAGUGGGAGAUAGGAAGGGAAUCUUAUUAUGAUUAA